GACCCCUUUACUGUAAACACGAGCAGAGCGUGUCUGUGAACAUCAGUGUGUCCUUAAAACAAGCCUGUAAAACGUGGCAUCAAGGCUUUAUAUGACAUUCAAUUCAUCUGUAAUUUUCUGGAAAAUGCAAUGCCAUACAUAAAUACAUACACGUUGGCCUACACGCAUAUGUGCGGGUGUGGGUGUGUACGCGCGCGUGCGUGUGUAUCUGCAUGUGCUUGAGUGGGCGAUUGCGCGUGUAUGCUUACCAUUUUUUUGAGAUACAAAAUUAUUGUUAAAGAUUGCUUUCGUUUCGUUUAGUAACAAAAAUGUAUUCGUAGACGUUUUGUCCCGCUAAAGAAACUAAACGCGUCUUGUGACAGUCUUGACAAUGAAAACCGAGAAAAGCGGUUUAUGUGCCAAGCGAUCAAAACAGAGUUAGGUUCACUAUUUUUAAUAAAACGUUUUACAGUGUUUUACAAAGCCGUAUAAAAGCCGUAAUACAGAAGUAAGUGUUUUGUUUUGUCUGAAAGACCUGGUGGGUGGCACCUUCUAUAGCGCAAGUUGGCCCCAGCACGUGACUCGAGGGCGACCAAUCAGGCGCACCCCUCAGUUUAACUAUGUUAAAUGUCAGAUUGCAAUAAAGUAGAAGCUGUUGGUCGGGCCCGCUGAAAUGGGCGAACAUAAUCUUCUUAAUCCUGGGUUUGUGGGACCUUUGGUAAACAUCCACACGGGAGACACGUUUUAUCUCCCAAAUUUUAGAGCAUCUGGGGGGCAACUGGCGGGUCUUUCCUCUCUCUCCUACCCAAGACGGGAUAAUGUCUGCUCCCUCCCGUGGAAUCCAUCGGAAUCAUGCAAUGGAUAUCCUCAGUCCUACUUUAGCAGCCCCGUGUCCAUUAACCCUUCUUUCAACCGAGCAUGUGAAAUAACCCGUCAGGAAGAAGGCAAAUGUUACUACAGCAAUGGUGGCGGCGGCAGGGAGACUUGCACGGGGGGUGGGAGCCUCAAACGGGAGGACAGAGCAAGAGACACUUCCUCUAUGUCGGCAGAGCAGGGACUGCUCAACGGGAUGGGCAGCGGUGGUACAUUUUCUAAAUAUGACUAUGGGGCUGAGCAGCUGACCCAAGACCCGCCGUCUUGUCAGUCCCUUGAAUCCGAUUCCAGUUCGUCGUUGCUCAACGAAGGAAGCAAGACCACUGCUAGCAUCCAACAGACACUGGCAUCUCCUGGCAAUCAUGCAGGCAGCGUGGCUGCAGGCGGAGGUGCACCAUGGUACCCGAUGCACAGUCGGACCCGCAAGAAACGCAAACCCUAUUCCAAACUACAGCUGGCCGAGCUGGAGGGCGAAUUCAUGCUCAACGAGUUCAUCACGAGACAGCGGCGGAGGGAGCUGUCCGACCGCCUUAAUCUCAGUGACCAACAGGUUAAGAUCUGGUUCCAGAACCGGCGGAUGAAGAAGAAAAGACUGAUGUUGAGAGAACAAGCCCUGUCCUUCUUUUAGGCAGAAUUUCUACAUAGUGAAUAAGUUUGCAGCAUCCCCGUGUAUCAAUUAAUAAAGUUUACACCAGGCUUCGUUUUAGCCAGUGUCCAACGCAUGUAUCGUCUCAGAAGACGCACCUUCUUUAGAAAACCAGCAUGUUUCAUUUAGGAUUCAUUCUUCUUCAGAGUAGUGUACUUUCAAGAAAGAAAACGACCAAAUAAUAGAGAUCGAUGUGAGUUCUUGUAGAAACGAAGGCUUUUGUUGGUUCAGCUAAGGGUUUUGAAGUACAACGCCCUUGAACUUAUCUUACAAACCUGAGAUUUAAUACAACCAAUAAAAUCUGUUUUCACGCUAGUUGGCGCAGAAACACUCUUAAAACGUUCAAAUUAAUUUACAGUCCCUUCGAAAUUAUUUCUUUUCAUACCGCUGUGAGAGGAAAUGCACAUCUAGAUAAUGAUUUUGGAUGUGUGCCUCUGGCCCCAAAAGCGCAAAACAACCGUAAAGGAUUGUUUGUUUGUUUUUGUUUUUUUUUUUGUUUUUUUAAAAAAAAAUCUAUUUUAAUAACGUCAGGCAUGAUUUUUUGGAGUAGAACCCGCCGACAGCCUCAUUUUACCAGGUCCACAACGGGCAAUGUGAAGAUUGGUACAUCUCUUGUGAUAUUGGGUUGGGAGACCACAAUAGCAUUGAAACCUUGGCUAUAGCCUAUUAUAAGCUAAUUUAAGGCAAUAUUUUUCUUUGGAGCAUGUUAUUUUUUAUUUAACAAUUGUUCCUGGUUUAUUAUUGUUUUAAAAUUAAAAUGUUUUCUUCAAAUUUUUCGUAGUAUCUAGCCAAAUCACUUUAAGACCUAACAAUCGAGAACACUCAAUUUCGAGAUUUAGUAGUUUUAAUUAGUCAGAACUUAUUUUUGUUGUUUCUAACCCAUAACGCUACAGCAAAUCAUAAACUAAGCUACACUUAAUUCCUGACCCGCCUACUGCCCUGUAUCUGAUCAGUGCCUUCGGUUGAGCAGAAGGCGUUGCACUGAAAACCUGGGAAACAUUAAGACACACAGGACAGCACAGAAAAAUUGGAAAGUUAGUUUUCUUAUUGAGAAAUACCCCUUAUAUAGCCUAUUUUGUGUUCUGCAGUAUCUAUAAAUUUGCUAAAUUGGAAAGGUUCUUAAAUUCCUCAAUAAUUGCAGUUUAAUCACAAGUUUUAUCUCUGACUUAAUUCGGAUUUAACAGCUGAUAUGAGAAUAACGAUUAUUUGCAGUUGUUUUUUAUUUGCCUCAAACAGUGGGGCGAUGGGACACAAUUAAGCUCUUAUUUCCGCUGUUGAAUUAACAUCACGUGCUUCAGGGGACGUUCACGGUCAUGGGCAUGAACUCUGCGACUCUCAAGUAAUUAAGAAGAGUCUGACCUUUUUAUCGUCUCACCGUUUUCAAAUUUAUUCUCGUUGUGAAGAUUUACAAAAAAUAUAAGUGCUAUAAUUUCUUAAUCCUCUACAUUUUCCUCAUUUGUUUGUUUUUUGGAGGACAGUUGAAUUUGAGUUGAGGGGUGUGUGAGGAGGUGGGGUGCGGUAGUAGUUUGUAUGGCGGUGCUGCUGCUAUUUGUGUUCGGAAGCGUCACAUAACGCACUUUGUAAAAAAUUAACCCUUUGAAGAGUAGGUUUUUUGGAAUGUUUUGUUAACCAUUCUAAGUGAAUGUUCUAGAACACCAUUGCUUUCAAUUGCCAGUAGUGAUUGCAACAUCACCAUUAGAAUGUUUAGUUGAGAACAUUCGUAUCACAUAUUUGUGAUCUUACACCUUAAAGGAUUAAUUGUGCGGUCCAUACUAACUCGGGUUGUUCGCUGUAUGUCAGAUUUUUUUUAAAUGCAGGUUCCCGGUCCUCGUUCUAACAUUUUAUUUUUUAUUUUUAUUCUUAGAAAUGAAUGGGUGUGGUAAGGGGUGGUGGCAUUUAGACUUUGUCACCUCAACCUUUACAAGACCAUUACCCUACUUGAGAAAAUGAACUGAUGCAGUCACGUGCUGCAAUUGAUAUAAAUCAUUGAAUAGCCUAGAAUUAGGCUGAAAUAGUGAAAUCAUGCUAGAUGCUAUUUCAUAAAUAUAUUUUUCCCGUUAAAUAUACUACGUUGAACUGUGAUGAUGUAUUUCUUGUCUUUAUCAUACGAUUACCAAGCACCUUCUGAUUUUUUAAAAAUGUUUUCCACUUCGAAUUCGAAGAAGUCAUAUUCUUUUUAUGCAUUGUUGAAUUUUGCUUGUAUGUGGUAUAACUGUUGUUGUUAUUUUUAGCUGUAGUAUUAGUAGCAGUAGUUGUAGUUGUUGUAGCAUAUCAGUAUGAUUUUAAGUGUUCGACUAAGUUCUCUUUGGGAAUUCGGGACUGAAAUACAGAAAGGUUGUCAUUAAUGGUGCUGUUGUCGUCGCCCCCCCCCCCCCCCCCCCCCACCGCCCCCCUCUUACUCUGAGUGGUGCUGCUGUGUAUGUUAUAUCCUACCUGUUGUGUGUCACGAAUAAUCUUGUUUUCAGUCCUGUGUAUCCUCUUAUGCAAACAUGAAUGAUAAUGAUGUUAGUAGCAUAUUUCGUUAUAAUGUAUUAUGGUUAUGAAUAAUAAUACAAAUAUUUAUAUUAGCCUAGUACAACAGAAGAUCAGUAAUAAUAAUAAAGCAAUUAUUGUUAUUGUUAUUAUUAUUGUUAUUAUAUAUUUUGUUCUUAUAUGUCCAUAUUUAUUUUGUGUUGCACCAUCUGCAUUUGUAAUAGUGUCUUCUAUAAAUGUCAUGCUGUACGAGUUUCAUGAACGUAUCAAUGUAGCCUACUCUCAAAAGAAAUAAAAAUAUUAUUAUUAUUUUAUUUA